UUGGUGUAGCCUAGCAGAAAGAUCAAAGUAUUAUCUUAUGAAUUACAGUUCUCAGGGCUCACUGAAUUUCGUAUUUUAUUCGCACUUUAAAGCUAACGCACAAUGGGAAAGACUAAAAACAACAAAUUCAAACGACCGCAGUUCUCACGUGAUGGAAUGCCAGUUGCCGCUGUUAAAGAGAUUGAAGUCGAGGAAGAAGUUGAUUCACCGGCGGCUGAGCUACUUGAAAAAUUGCAGUCCCCAUGUGCAGACGUACGUGAGUAUGCAUGCGCCAGUAUCUCACGUGUGGUACAGCAGAGCCAGAUUAUCCCUACCUUUCUACAGAGGAACGCUGUACGCCGGAUAGGUCCUCUUCUAUUGGACCCCUGCCUGGCUGUGAGAGAGACUGCAACGGGAGCACUCAGGAACCUGAGUGCUUGUGGAGGACCUGAAGUAUGUGAAGACAUGGUGAAACAGGAUGUUUUGACCCCACUAACCAUGCUGCUCAAAGAGUGCUGUUGUGGCUUUGAGACCAGCAGUACACCACCUCUGAAAGAAAAGAAACACACAGUGGAAGAUGUAGCCAAUGAAGCUGUGAACCUGCUGUGGAAUCUCUGUGAGAGCAGUAACUGUGCAGUGUCUGUAUUUAAUCGUGAAGGCCUGCUGGAAGUGCUGCUGCAGUGUCUGAGCAGACAUCCUCACAAUUUAGAGCUGGCCAUUUCUGCCGCUCAUUGCCUGCAUGCAGUAACGGAGGAAAAUGCAGAUUUGGUGGAUGGUGUGAGUGCUGCAGCACUGGAAUCACUGGAGAUGGUUCUGCUGUCUACACAGUCCAGUAUGGAAUACACACUUCUCAGAACGCUGGCAGCUGGGUGUGUGUGGAAUCUGAAGGGCAGUCUGCCCUCAGCGCGACAGACUCAGACACUGAGUGCGCUUGUGGACACGCUGUCUCGAUGCUUGGAGCUGGAUGCUGGCUCGCUCAUCCUGGAGCUGUGGCAGGCAGAGCAGGCCCAUCAGGUCAGCGGCGAUGCCUCCGGGGCAUGGGACAUGGAUGAGCAGCCUACACACGACACCAUGGCCGAAGAGAUGGGAGAGGGAGAGGACGAAGGAGAAGUAGAGAUCAACGGAGGGAGAAAGACUAAUGGAAAAACAGCUAAAAGAAACAACGACAUAUCUGACUUUCUACCUAGGGGCAGACAGGAGCUGAGGGAGGCCACGGCUUUGCUCACAGCACAGCAGACGUCUCUAGAGAUCAUUGUCAACAUGUGUUGCUCUGACGACCCCUCAGAUGAUGAAUGGGAGGAGAUGUCUAGCAGUGAUGAGAGUGAGAUGUGCCCUGACAGUCUUGCUGAGGGGAACUCUAGUCUACUUUCUCCUCUCUGCCUGUCUGCUGAGCUCCGCACAACCCUGCUCAACCACAGCAUCCCACAGAAGGUCUUGAAGAAGGCUGAAUUUCCCAACAGUGCUGCACUGGAAGUCUGUAGCAAGAACCAUGGAUGGAAAAGCCUUGUGAAAAAAAUGUAUCGGGUGCAGUGUCGGGCCUUGACAUGUCUCCAUAACAUCCUGUCGUCAAUGGAUACAGAUUCUCUGGGCGGAGCCGCAGGGCUUCAGGCUGUCUCACAGCAUCUGUCUGUACUGGUCUUCAGCACAGCUGAGGUUCUUAAGGAUGAGGAGUUCUUAGAAGCAGUUACCAGUGCCCUGCGCUCUCUCCUACAGAUUAUGGCCACCAAAAAUAUCCCACAGUGUAUGGGUCCUCAGCAGCUGAUGAGUGUGUGUGAGGCGGCCACACAGUGUCAGACUGUCAGCGUGAGAGUAAAUGCUUUGGGAAUACUAGGCAUCACUGGCAGCACUCUGGCCAAGGAAAGGGGCUCAGCUGACACGUUGCAGAUGUUGGGGAAUGCUUUACUCAAUGUAGCGUCUAAGGACCCUAACCUGGUGGUUUGUGGAGAGGCGCUGGAUGCUCUGUUUGAUGUGUUCGCGGACGGAGAGGAGGCUGAAAAUGCCGCCAGAAACAUUGGUCUGCUUGGUGCACUGAAGACUCUACAACCCGUGUUUAAGUCCAAGCUACGCAAAGAGGGCAGAGGGAAGUAUAGCCCAGAUCAGCUGUGUGUGCUGGACAACAUCAGAAUCAACCUGAAGAGGUUCAUCGGCUACCUAGAGACUCUGGAGAGGAAAUGACUGUGAAAGCCAGACUUCACCUCUGUGGAGCGAACAGAGUGGCUAAUGAUAAAAGACAAGAGGCUAACUGACCACACCAGCAACACUCGUGUACUGGACUGACUGUCAUUUGGCUGAUUUAUUCUCUCUAAAUUCUCUCUUCCAUAAAAAUGCCAAUAUGCCAUAUAGCUGUACCAUUUUAGCCAUAUAGCUGUAUUGGCUGUAUUAUGAAAUUCAUAGGAAAGAGAGUUUUGGCAUGAAUUCAUACUGCAAUGCAUAUUUGUAACGGACAAGGAUUUCUAUGCUUUAAAGAAUUAAAGCACAAAUAUCUGUUGUGAUUGACCUCUGUUGUUGACCAGUUGGAUUUUUGCAACAAAUCAGAAGUUUUUGUACUUUACAAAGCUGUGGGAAUGAUCUGGUCAAGUGUAACUGAAGCCUUCCUGUCUUGUUAUGAUUCCAAACACGAGUAACACGCAUGACACACUGAAUGACUCUCUCUAAAUUCGAGUUGUUUAGGCUAAUGUUGUCUUGGAAAAUUACUAUCCAAAGGUCAUUCAAGUUUGUUCUGGCCCUCCUGUCUCUGUUGACCAACUCUUAUAUGAGGGGGGGAAAAAACCCCAAAAAACUUGUGAUCAAGCUUAAGAUAUCUUCCCCUUGGCUCUAAUGUUCUGGAAGACAAAUUUUGGUCUCAGCAUGUAAGACUGACUGAACAUUAUCUUUAGUAAAAUGUUCAGGGAGUUCCUUUGAUGUUUCAUGUAAUCAAAUUGCUUUUUUAUCAUAACAGGAAGGCCUCUAUUCAAAUAAUUAUGUGUUAAGCAUAUUUUAGAUUCAGACACAGUCCUAAGUAGUGGUUUUGGCAAUUUUAGCUGCUGCAUUUUUAAACAAAAAAAAAUGAAGGCAACGCUGAAGGUUUAAUUUCACUUACUUUUAAAAUAUUUAUUUGAGUGUUGUUUUCAUUUAUUUUAUCCUUGAUGGUUUGAUCAUU